AUGCGAAGAACCCUAACCAAAACCCUAAGGGUUUCUAGGUCGGAUAUAAGGAAGUGGUUCAUUAAGCAGCACGAUAAAGGCAACGACAGCGCUGCGCCCAAACCCACCAAGCCCCCGGAGAAACCCUCGGCUCCUUCUGCCAUCGAGAAACCUGUUGAACGAGGUCAAGAGAGGAGGAAAACCAGCAAGUAUUUUGCGAAUUCUGACUGUUCUAAAGAACAGGCGGCUAAAGCUGUUAAAGAUGAGGUUAUGACCGAGAAAACUACCCCGGCGAAGAGGAAGACCACACAGAAGAGUGGGGAGGAUGUGAAACCCACGCUGGUGAAAAAGAUCCGUAAGGUAGAAGAAGAUGAUGAUGACUUUGAACCGCCAUCCAGCGAGAAGAAGAAGGUCGUUGAGGCUAAGCCGCCCAAGAAACCAAUUGUGAAGAAAUCUGUUGUUAUGGAUGAAAGUGAUGAUGACAAUGAAGAAGUCGAGGAGAAAGAGGUAAAGACGCCGACGAAAUCGGGUGGGAGAGGCAGAGGCGGGAGGGGAAGGGGAAGAGGAGGAGGGGGAAGGGGUGGGUUCAUGAAUUAGGGGAGGAAAGAUCCACCACAUAAAGGGGAGAAGGAAAUUCCGGAGGGUGCUCCUGAAUGCUUGGCUGGCCUUACAUUCGUUAUAAGCGGCACACUUGAUAGUUUGGAACGGGAGGAAGCGGAGGAUUUGAUUAAACGGCAUGGUGGGCGGGUUACUGGGUCUGUCAGCAAGAAAACUAAUUUUCUUUUAGCUGACGAAGAUAUUGGUGGAAAGAAAUCAGCCAAAGCCAAGGAGCUGGGUACCAAGUUUUUAACUGAAGAUGAAUUGUUUGGCAUGAUUCGAAAAUCAAAGCAUGCAAAAGCUCCAGUAAAAGAAGACCUAACAAAGAAACAUGAAGAGAAGGCAAACAAGUCUCAUAUAAAGAGCAGUCCUAUGAAGGUAAAGGUCGAAGGAAUUAUGCUUGGAGUUUUCGAAGACAACAGGUUCAAGUCAGAAUCGAAAAAAGCAUCACUUAAGUCUGUAGAUAUUAUUGGCUUUGGUUCCGGGCCAUAUUUGGAUAACAAGCUCAAAUUUGCAAGUGAUGUUUGCUCUGGAGUGAUUUUCGGAAAAGAGCUAGUAAAUGCACUAGCCAAUGUACUUACACCUGGUGCACUAGCAGACGAGACUUUCAGGUUCUGCAGCGACACUUGGGGCAGCAAAAGCAAUUGGACAAAUUAA